ACGGAGGGGGAGGGGCGUCUUUCUUGGUCAGUUGCAUACUUUCUCCCCACGCCCUAAAACUUGCGUAGUGUUUUGUUUGUUGUGUGUUCUGCCUCCCCCAGUGUGUGUGUAAAACUUCUGCCUGCAAACGCACACAAAGCAACGCACACGCACACACAGGCAUUUCUUGUGGGUAAACAAGGAACCAAAAAAAAAAAACAAGGAACAUCAUUUCCCCCUCCGUCCUCCGUCCUUCCUUCCUUCCUAGCUCCUUGGCCCCUCCCCCCCGUCCAGCAACAAACAAAAGACUCUCUCGUGCGUUUUUCUCGUCGACUCAAAAAAAAAGAGUUCAUCAUCGAUAUCCAGAGAGCAAUCAUUGUCUCUUUUUGAUGGACACGAGAGGGACGUGAACCCUUGGCUUUUGUUACCGGGAUUUUCAUACGCUGUCCCUUUUUUGCUUUUUCUUUCGAGUACCGUUCGAGGCUUUAUUCCGGUGUUCGGCCUUCUUGCAUUCAUCCCCCAGACGAGCGAGUCGUGGUUUAAAAGGACGACACGCGCCCAAAGGUCCCUUUUCACUACGUCUACUUGCUCGCGUGUUUUAUUUUUUUUUCUGUUGACGUUCGAUUUAUCUUCUGAUACUCGUUUUCACACUAUCAAGUCAAAGACCUGUCAAUUCCCUGUUGUUCCAAAGGAUCCGUCAUGAACGUCCACCAAACCCACAUGGACCCAAACAUGUUUGCCGCCACGCUGGGUAAUGAGUUCUCUUACGAACAAUGGCUUGGUAACGAUCAUCAAACCGCAACGUUUAUUGCGAGCACGUCAAUCGAGCAGCAGCAGCAGCAAGAGCACCAACAACAACAGCAACAACAGCAACAACAGCAAGUCGACUAUUUCUCUCACAACCCAACGACGCCCAUGUCAGCAAGAAAUACCUGGAAUCCUGUUAUGCCAGCAGCCCUGUUGCCGCCUUCCCCUACGUCUUCCGCACAAGACGAUGAAUUGCGCACGCUGCUCGAGCCACUUGACCAGCAGUAUUUGACAGCCAACUUCCCGGCGCCGUCUAUGGUGUCACCUGCCGUACGCUACAUGACGCCGGCUGCCGAAUUGCCUCCAGGCCCGUCAAUGACAACGGCUUGCAUGCCUCCCCAGCUGGACACUACAGCAUUGACAGACAACUGGUUGCUGUUGCAGCCCUAUCCACAGCCGUAUCCAUCCCCACCUCUACCGUUGGCGGCCGAAUCCUUCUCACCGCCUCCCGCCGUUGCCUCCCUUCCACACCUAUCUCGACCUGCAGUACCUUCAUCUCCCAGGUCAAAAGCGCACUCGUCAAAAUCCUUGGGGAAAAUCGGCUCGGGUCCUUCCGGCUCUUCAGCAUCCAUCAAGGCCUUCCCGUGUGAAAUAUGCGGAAAAGUUUUCAAUCGCUCCUACAACCAGCAGCAGCACAUGCUCAUUGUACAUGCACCUGUACGCACAAAGUCAUUCAUCUGUACCGAAGAAGGCUGCGAUAAGUCUUACUAUCGUGCAGCGGAUUUACAGCGACACAAACGUGUCCACGGCAUUGCCAAAACGUCCCAGGACACGUCAGCUGUAGGAGCCACUGCCGUUUCUCGCUUUACGUGCUCGACUUGUCCAAAGACCUUCCUACGGAAUGAUCAACUCCGCCGUCACGCAAAGCGGUGUCCAGGUUCAUCGUGCGCCGGCUCAAUGUCGCCAAACUUACAGAUUGUCACAUCCUUUUGCGAUGAGACGCCUUCGAUAAUGUUCUCUCCUAACAACAUGGAUGUUGUGGGCCACCAAGCCCCUCUUGUUUUCAUUGCCCCGCACCCGACAGAACUGUGCAGUCGCGGAUGGUCUGAUCGCCUGGAUUAGGCACCUGGGUCGAGUAGUUUUUCAUUUGGAAUACCACAUUUAUCUUUUUUUUUUUCUCUUCAUACUUGUAAAUACUAUUCUUGAAGUAAUGGAAUGGGACAUUUUUGAAAAUCUGGAAGAGUUUGUAAUAGGAAAAACAAUUGAAGCAUUCGUGGCUUGCACCUCCGGCAGCACCGGCCUGUAUUAUAUAACCAAAGGCACAUGUU